GCGUGAUUGAAGGAGGCAUUUUGAGACUCAGCCUAGCCCAGGCAAGCCACCGGCCCUUGGCUGUGCUUGACAAACCUUGAGACAAUGGUGUUCGCUUUUUGGAAAGUCUUUCUGAUCCUCAGCUGCCUUGCAGGUCAAGUUAGUAUGGUGCAGGUGACCAUCCCAAACAGUGUCGUGAACGUGACUGUUGGAUCUGAUGUCACACUUGUCUGCACCUACACCAGCACUGUGGCCUCCCGGGACAAGCUCUCCAUCCAGUGGUCAUUCUUUCACAAGAAGGACUUACCGCCAGCUUCCAUUUACUAUUCUGAAGGUGGACAAGCUGUAGCCAUCGGGCAAUUUAAAGAUCGAAUUGUAGGGUCCAACGAUCCAGAUAACGCAUCUAUCACCAUUUCGCAUAUGCAACCAGCAGAUAGUGGUGUCUACGUCUGCGAUGUUAACAACCCCCCUGACUUUGUUGGAAAAAAUCAAGGCAUCCUCCAAGUCAAUGUGUUAGUCAAGCCUUCUAAGCCCUUUUGCAGCAUCCAAGGAGUACCAGAGACUGGCCAUCCGAUAUCUCUUUCUUGCCUCUCUGUGCUUGGGACACCUUCCCCUCUGUACUACUGGUAUAAGCUCCAAGGUGGAAACAUCAUCCCAGUGAAGGAAAACUUCAACCCAGCCACUGGGACUUUGGUUAUUGGAAAUCUGACCAGUUUUGAACAAGGUUAUUACCAGUGCACGGCUAGCAACAACCUUGGCAACAGUUCCUGCGAAAUUGAUCUAACUUCUUCCCAUCCGGAAGUUGGCAUCAUCGUUGGGGCGCUGGUGGGUACCCUAGUGGGUGCUGCCAUUAUCAUCUCUGUUGUGUGCUUCGCAAGGAGCAAGGCAAAGGCAAAGGGGAAGGAAAGGAAGAGAAAUUCAAAAACCAGCACAGAACUCGAACCAAUGACAAAGAUAAAGCAAAGCACAGAGCUCGAGGCAAUGCCCGCAGAACACGUUAUCCAACUAGAAGCGACUCUGCCGCCUUCUGGCCAUGAGAAUGACCCCGAGACCCUCCUGGGGCCAGAUCACGAGCCCACCCCUGAGCCUGAGCUUAAGCCUGUCCGGGAGCCUGCCCCACAGCCUGCCCCGGGGCCAGAGGCUGACCCCGUGCCUGAGGUUGAGAUAGAGCUGGAGCCAGAGCCGGAGCCCGAGGCGGAGUCAGAGCCCGAGCCCGGGAUUGUUAUGGAGCCCUUGUGCGACCCGGAAAAGGGAGUGAAAAAGCCAUAGGCUGGUACCCUGAGUGCGGUGUUCAUCAGUGAGGGACCCAUCACUGGCGUUUGGAGUUCAGUUGCCCUAACCAGUCUCCCAGCACGUCCCUGUCUUCUGACCCACCCUCUUCUGACAAGGUGCUCCUACCAUCAGUAUAAAAAUAAACAGGUCAAGAUGAAUGCAUGGGUUCCUGCGUUACUUACACUUUUACUAACAUGUAAGUGUAACUAAUGACAAAGCAAGUGAUUUCUACUUCGGUUGACAGCGUUUUGCAGCAACAUCUACACUGUACUUCGGAAAAUCUUAUUUCUCUAUUUUCAGCUGCUCUGUUACAUUCUGCAUGCACACAUGACAAGGUGGCAUUAAUUGGAUUCAAUAUGAUUCUUAGGAUCAGUUGUCAGGCCUUCCCUAAUUCAUUUUCACAUUGGCCAUGAAGACGAGAAUUGGCCAGCAUUCUCUCAGAGACUGGGGGAAAAUAAAUCCUCAAAAAUUCCAGAGGAGAAUAUGUAAAGGGUACAUAUUAAAACAAGGUCUUAAAAUCAGUGCUUCAUUUAUCAUAUUAGAUUUCCCAAGGAACUGCCCUGCUAUACAAGAUCUUGAGCAUAGCAAAAUUUUUAAAUAAACUAAUUUUUCAAUGCAAGAUAAUGUACACGCAAACAAUUCCAAGUAACAUUUUCCUUCGGUGACUACAACAUGUUGGUAUCAUGUGGGUAAUGUACAAUUUGGCUUUUAAUGAGACAUUAAGUUACCACCACGUCUGAUGCUGUCUACUUUAGAAGGGCCAGAAUAGGAAACUGUUCUAAAUGAACACUUAAGAUCUAUUUUAGAUAAUCUGAACUAAUUAUUUAAUCUGUUUCACUGUUGGGAUAUUCCACAUUAAUAGAUACCAUUCUUGUACAAAUGCUAAAUAUUAACUAACAUGCUAAAAUGUUUCUUCCAUCGAUCAUAUUUUCCCCACAUUCCACCUUGAAGAUUUUUAUAGGUAGACUUUUUCAUUUGUGUAAUCAGAUUUUAAAUCUUAUUUUGAGGCUCAAUAAAUAAUACUCAAUAAAAUCGUA